AUGGAGGUUUCUGCGCCGUCAAACGAGCGUACGCCCCUUCUGCAUUCAUCCGGCAAGGCACAGCAGAGUAGCUCUUACUUCCACCGGUUGGGUUUGGCUGCAAUCUUUGGUACGGGGGUAGCAGCGUUUUCCAGCAUUGGCUCGAUUGUGGUGGCUCUGACGACUCUCUUAGUGCUGGUGUGGGUUUGUGUCACUCAGGCGGAAGCGUCUCAAGCCCUUCAGGCAACAAGUCACUUCAGGAAGCCAUUCUUCAUCACCUGCCUGGACCAUGCCAUCACGGUCGUGAUUCUACCAGGAAUUUACCUCUUCCACCGAGUGAGCGAGUACAAUGCUGGCGUACGGACUGACAAGUGGGGAGUUGCCGACGUGCUGCAACGACACUCAGCGCUUCCUGUGCGCAAACUGCUGAAAUUGGCAGCGGUGCUGAACUCCGUCUACCUCAUCGCGGACUACAUGUGGUUCGCCGCUUUGGGGAUGAUCAGCGUCGCUGCGGGCACGUCCAUCGGCAGCACGUCUCCCUUUUUCGUGUAUCUCUUCUCGAUGUGUUUUCUCCACGAGCGAGCGAGCUGGAAAAAACUGAUCGGAGUUCUCGUCUCGUUCGUUGGCGUCGCGCUUGUUGCCGUUUACCAAGAUGGCGCAGUCGAAAGCUCUCAAAAUUCAAGCUUCCUAGCUUGUGCAUUGGUGCUGAGUGCGACUAUCAUCGUGUCGGGAUACCAAGUCGCGUACUGCGUGCUUGUCGGCGAAGGUGCAAUGGACGCAUCAACGCUUUUAACCCUGACGGGUUUGUGCGGAUUGAUGACGAUUCCAGUCUGGGUUGUCGGAAGCUUGGUGCUUGCGGUGUGCCCCAUUGAAGCAUUGGUAGAGCCGCUGGGGUUGCCGGACACGGAAUGGGGGUUCUUCCUGCUCGUCGUGAUGUGGGGGGGCAUGAUGACGAUCCCGUUGUCCUUGAUCUGGGACGCAACGAUCAACCACCGGGUGUUCUCCUGGGAGUGUCUUCUCGGAGCGAUCUUGGUGAUGGCCGGCUUUGGCAUCCUCGAGUACAGCUCGCCAAAACAACAAGCCAAAAUACAGGCUGGUGCCAGCAUCGCCUAA